AACGCCCUGGCACUGCUGCAGGGACGCUCGGGGAAGACUGUGGACCUGGGAUCUGGAGACGGACGGCUUGUGGUAGAGGCUUACAAGCAAGGUUUCAGACCAGCUGUUGGCUAUGAGCUCAACCCCUGGCUGCUCUGUCUCUCCAACUACCGGGCCUGGAAGGCUGGGUACCAUGGGAAGGUUUCCUUCCUGAAGAAAGAUCUGUGGAAGGUGAAUCUUUCCGAUUGCUACAAUGUGAUCGUGUUCCUGGCCCCCAGCGUGAAGCCUCCCCUAGCCGCCAAGCUCCUUGCAGAACUCCCUGACGAAGCCCGGGUGGUGGCUGGACGCUUCCCCUUCCCCUCUUGGACCCCCACCAGCACCCUUGGGCAGGGGCUGGAGCAAGUCUGGGCCUAUGACAUGAAGGAGGUGCGGCGAGCAGCGCAGGGCAGUGCAGAGGGAACCUUGGUCUAA